AUGGAACAGCGUUACAGAAGGAAAUGGCAUAUUGGUGUAGUAGUGACAGCAAAAUUAUUAACAGAUGAAGAAAACCAAGAAAUUUUCUCAAGAUCUGACUUUACUCAAUUAGAUGAUGUUCCAGUAGUGAACCCUACAACCCCAGGGACAGAUAAUCCAUACCCCACAGUGAACCCAACAAAUCCUCAAACACCAGACACAACAGGGCAAACCCCAACAAUUCCUCAAACACCAGACACAACAGGGCAAACCCCAACAAUUCCUCAAACACCAGACACAACAGGGCAAACCCCAACAAUUCCUCAAACACCAGACACAACAGGGCAAACUCCAACAAUUCCUCAAACACCAGACACAACUGGGCAGACCCCUCCAACAGUCCCAAACACAAACACAAACCCUAACCCUAAUCCUCCUGCAACAUCAUCAGGAGGGGGUCAAUGGUGUGUUGCAAGCCAGGGAGCUUCAGACACAGCUCUGCAGGUGGCUCUUGAUUAUGCUUGUGGCUAUGGAGGAGCAGAUUGUUCAGCAAUCCAACCAGGAGCAAGCUGUUAUAACCCUAACACUGUCAGGGACCAUGCUUCUUAUGCUUUCAAUGAUUACUACCAGAAGAAUCCUGCUCCUACAAGCUGUGCGUUUGGAGGAACUGCAACACUCACUAGCACUGACCCAAGUAAUGGGAACUGCCGCUAUGCAACUCCCAAAACACAAAGCAUUAGUCCACCAACCUAUGUAACUCCACCAAGUCCACCAAGUCCUAUUAUGACUCCAACUACUCCAACUACAACAAUGGCUGGUGGUGGAUCAACAGACUUUGGUUUGGAGCCAACAGAAAGCCCUAACUCAGCCACAUCUCUUUCUUCUUCCUUGCUUUUGUUGUCCAUCACAUGUACCAUCUGGGUCUUCCUUCUGGUGCCAAAGCACUACUAGAUUGGAAAAAAGAUUCAAUUUUUCUUCGGGGCUCUGCCGCUCGCUUAUCCACUCAUUUUUCUUUAUGGGAAGCAGAGAAUCACAUCAACAGUGCAUAUUUGUUAUGGAAGAAUUCUCAGUCAGGCUCAAUCUAUCGAAGAUGAAUAGAUUAAAUCAGUUAUGAAUAGAGAGAUAUGUAUGCACGUCAACAUUGGUUCAGACUGAAAAGUUUUGUCUGACAUA